AUGUCGCAGAUCCUCAAAGACAUAAAGUUUCCACUGAGUCUGGAUCUCUACGAGUUUUGCGCCAAGGAUCUGCAGGAAAAGCUGCUACCAGCGCGUGAGAAGGUGCGCAUUGAAGAGGAUGAAGAGGCCCUGUCGGCGAAGGCCAAAAAGCCGGCCAGCUCUGUCAAUGAUGACAAUUUACCCAAUCCCAUCGACAAUCCUGAUUUGUAUGAACCCUACUGGUUUGAAGAUGAUCUUGGAUCCAACAACACGGGUUUCUACGAACUUCAGGGUGUCCUCACUCACCAG